AUGGAAUUGGCGGCGGCGGCUGCGAGAUCGGAGCGCCCUCUGCCUGUAUGUUAUAUAGAGCAGGUCUAAUAUAUCAUUAUUAUAUACUAUACAUUAUAUAUUAGUAUAUAUUAGCGUAGUAUAUGUAUUAUAUUAUAUGUUAUAUAUUAUAUAUUAGUGACAAUAAUUGGAAGGCAUUGUUCAGCCAGUUGGAGUGUGUUUUUCCCUGGCUUGGAGUUUUGAUUUAUUUCGCAACACAACCAGCCUGGCUUUCUCUUGUUUCCCCGGUGUGGUGGGGGCCCUAGGGGUGGGCGACAGGGGGUAAUCAUGGUGGUGGUGGUGGUGGCAGAGGUAAAAAUAAGGAGAGGGGGAGGUCACCCCAAUAUGAGAGUGAAAGGAGAUCAGAAAGAAACGGGGGAGAUACAGUUAGAAGAAGAAGAAGGGGGUUGCUUCCAACCAUUCCAAGGGAAAAAAACUAAAUAAAGAUAUAGGUCCUUGGGGAAAACCCUCUUGGGACAGCGCCUCCUCCAUUUUCAUCCUCCUUUGCGCUCACCCAUCAAAGCAAACCCCUCAAAUAUAUAUUUUUUACAAUAGAAGAGAAGGACCGAACUGAACUAAGCAAAAUAAAACAAGGCAGCACGAAUUGCAGAACGGUUGAAUUUGGACAGGGGGUGGGGUGGGGGUUCAGUCUGUGACAGUAGGCUCCCUAGACCCGGGUUUGACAGACCUCUUCGUCUGUCUCCUUGUUUGUUCCAGGAGUUAGGGUGGACUUUCUAUCCCUUCAGGCGCCCGGUUUUGGGGCUCCCUGGUGCGAUACCACGCCCCUGGGUCCUGUUCAAUGGUGGGUGGCCUGGGAGAGCACUUGAGAUGGCUCCCCCAAGCCUGGCAUCUCCCCCAGCUCUUAGGAUUUCAUGAACGUAUGGAGGGCCAAAGGUUCCUUACCCCUGGUCUGAAAGGUUAUUCCAGUGGUUCUCCAAGGGUGUGGCAGGAACAGGGAUUUUCAGCUCUUGACAGAUGUGAAAGAUCAGAAAAUACAAAGGCUUAUUUGUGUUGAUGAGGAGAUGAGAGUUUGUCUGUCUUAAAUUAGACCUAAAACUAAGGAGAUUACCUGGCAAAAGCAAGCUCUCACCUCUCAUUGAGGUUGUAUACAGACUUAAGGUACAUAUGUAAGAGGCUCAUUUAUAAUGAUAUUUUGGGAAUGACUUGUGUUCUUACGCCGCUGCAUUUUUUUUACUUUCUGGAUGUCCCAUGAUCAUAUUACAAAGUAGUUGUGUUCUAUGUUAUAAAUCAAGCACUACUAGGAGUUGUUUCUUUUUGUGUUCCAAUGUAUUCUUAUCAAUAAAAAAUUCAGUGUGGCCCGAGCAAAUAUUUAUUCUGAAAGUGUGGUCCAGAGAAAAAGGUUUGAGAACCACUGGGUUAUUCAGUAAACAUAAUAAGUUAAAAGGAGAGUGGCUUGAAUCCCUGAACCCCCCUACAACUCUUCUAGUUUUCUGUGUUCUUGUAAACAUUUUUAAAAUUGAUUUUAUAUACCGCCCUAUACCUACCCUAUACCCAAAACAUUGUACUGUAUUGUGUUGUUGUUUUUUAAAUCUGUUCCAUCAAUUUCCACUGUUCUUGUGAAUGUGAAAACAGAUUUGUGUGCCAUCCGGGCCUGGAUUGUUGAUAAUUGACCUGGUUGCCCUCCAUGUGGGUUUUUCUGGACAGGUGUCUGGGCUCACGGCGACUAUUGCAAGAUCAACCCCAAGACAGGAGGCAUUGUCAUGCUUGGCUGCAGGUAUGCCCAUCACUUUGGCGUGACCAUAUGUGAAGAAUGCUUAGUGGCAGAUAGCAGAAUGGCAUGCUGUGCACUUGUUGGCUGGGAAUACGGGGACACAGUGUCAGUCUGGCUCUGCUGGCUGGCUGACGUUUCUGAGGCUGGGCCAGGAAAUUUCAGAAACUCCCCCUACUCUUUUCUCCCCCUCUCCUCUGUUUCAGCAUCCUGUGGUCUUCGUCAGGUGGCACAACCUUUCCUUUGAUGCAGGGCUGGCCCAUGGCAUACUGCUGCCCGAGGCAAAACAGCAAAUCCCUCCUUCUCCCAGUCCAAUGGUCCAUUGGUACCCAGUCCAAUGCCAAGCAAGUUGCUUUGGCAUCUAAGGCAGGCUCUCAACUCUCAGCCCCAGCCAGGUUGGGGAAGGCUCUUUAAUUUCUUAGACAGACACUCUUUCUCAUCAUUUGCUACCUAAGCCUUUUACCUGGAGAUGCCAUUGUAGAUUAUCUCACGAAGGAACACAUGAGAUACUUCCCCAAGGUCUCCUGAAACUUGGGUUUGAAAGCCACUGUGCUGCACAGGAUAAUUUGAAAAAUUGCUUAAGGAAAACUCGUGUUUUUGGUAGACGAGAGAGGCUUAGUAAUUUAUUGUGAAGUUUACGCCCUGCCCUUCUUUAUAAAAUGAUCCCAGGGCAGGUCACAGCAGCAACAUACAAAUACGCUGAGGUCACAUUGAAAGAUAAAAUGAGGAUUAAACACCACAACAAAUUACCGUUCGAUAAAACUAGUUCUUCAUUUGUUCCGCUUCGGGGAACCAACCUGACGGUUGCUCAAAAAGACUGGCGGACAGGAAUAGGAAAAAUCUGGCCCAAAUGCUCGUGGUUUUAAGGUCCAAAAUUAAAUAGCCUUAUGUUGUCCCUUUAGUUGACACUCCCAAAAGAGGCUCUUAAGAACAUCAAAGGAGGCUUGCUCCAUUACAGUGAAUGGGGCACUGCCCCACUAGGCUAGUUUGUUCUCAGCGCCCCCAACUGCCUGCUUUCUUAGCUACAUUUAGUUCAGAGGGCUGGCAGUGCCUGACAGCUGCUUCCUCCUUGGGCUCAGUGUUGUCUUUGGAGAACUCAGCAGGGAGGAGAAGGAAGGUGGGGACAAAUCUAGAACUAGUUGCCUCUGCCUGCCAUUGCCUCUGGCGCCACCUGCUGUUAGUCUCCCUGCUUCUGCCCUUCUUGUUUAGUCGUUUAGUCGUGUCCGACUCUUUGUGACCCCAUGGACCAGAGCACGCCAGGCCCUCCUGUCUCCCACUGCCAAACUCAUGUUGGUAGCUUCGAGAACACUGUCCAACCAUCUCGUCCUCUGUCGCCCCCUUCUCCUUGUGCCCUCCAUCUUUCCCAACAUCAGGGUCUUUUCCAGGGAGUCUUCUCUUCUCCUCCUGAGGAGGGGGAGAAGGGGGGGGGCAAAGGGAACUGGAGGGAAUAUAUGCUGGGUGCAAUGGCUGUAAAACUUGUGCUUGCUUGUGAGUUAUCACGCUAGCUCCUUCUGCUACCAGGAAGGCAGAAUAAAUAGCUCUUUCUCUGGUUUAACCCUUCGGUGUCUGUUGACUCCUUCUUCCCUCCUCAGGCGCAAUGCCCUUCCACCCAUGAGAAAGGCCUAAAAGGCUACACUAUCUCACUUAAAACAGUCAGGGCUUCUUCCCCCAAAGAAUCCUGGGAACUGCAGUUAGUUAAGAGUGCUGAGACCAUCCGUUUCCUCUGUACGGAGGAAAAUGGGGACAAAACUAGACCAAGUUGGCUGUGCCUGCCAUUGACUCUGGCGCCAUUGGGCUCCCUGCCUUCUGCCCUACCAGGCUUAUGGAGUGCCAGCUGCCCCUGCAAGCCACCAUGGCCUGGCUUGAUAACGGGCACAUGUUUACUGUUCCCUGCCUUGGGGGUGGGGGCACGAAUAAGUCUAAGCCGACAUUUCCUUUGUCUCUUCAGUGGAAGCUUUUGAGGAGGUUUCGGACAGCCUCUGCGUCCCUCAGUACAACAAAGACGGCGAAGAAAGGGUGAUCCUUUUCCUAAAGGUGGCCACCAACCAGGAGUUCAGCCCAGAUUUGGUGAAACGCAUCAGGGAAGCGAUCCGUGUCGCACUCUCUGCCCGACAUGUUCCCAGCCUCAUUCUGGAAACUGAAGGCAUUCCGGUAUGUCAGCACAGUCCUUUUUUCUUACUUCUUACUGCUGCUAUAUGUUUUUUUUUUUCAUUUUCACCUUGGAAUAGUAAUUAAGGAGCACUUGUCAUCUCUCUUCAAAGCCCACACAUGCCUGGAAAUUUUAGCCUCAUCUUUUUUUAAUUAAAAAAAGUGGAGUUUUAUAAAUAGUUUGUCCAUG